GCUGUCAUUUCUAGCUCGUGGACUGGGAAGUCACCGCUUGCAUGCGUUCACCCUCUCAGGGCGAGCAAUUUCACCUAUAAACCGUGAAACUGCCAGGGUAGGCAUACACCAAAAUAACUGUUCAAAAUGUUCUGCCACGUUACGCGAUCUGAUUCGGUUGUUAUGGAGGUUGAGGUCGAUGCCAAGGCAAACGGAGAGGACUGCUUGAAUAAGGUAUGUCAAAAGUUGGGAAUCAUUGAAGUGGAUUACUUUGGACUUCAGUUUACUGGCAGUGGAGGAGAGAGCUUGUGGCUGAAUCUGAGAAACAGAAUCUCCCAACAGAUGGACAACGUGUCCCCAUGCCGACUGAAACUGAGAGUGAAGUUCUUUGUGGAGCCUCAUCUCAUCCUUCAGGAACAAACAAGACACCUGUUCCUGUUGCACGUGAAGGAGGAGCUCCACAGAGGUAGCCUGCGCCUGGACGCCGAGCAGGCCGCCGAGUUCUGUGCCCUGCUGGCCCAGGCUGAGCUGGGGGACUACAACCCCAACACCGCCAAGUAUAGCUACGCCCACCUGUGCGGAGAAGAGCCCAGUCCUGCCACCCUCAACGGCCUUAUUUCGAAGCACCAGGAACUGGAGGGGAUGGGCCGUCCGUCGGCAGAGUACCAGGCCCUGCAGCUGGUGUCCACUCUGGAGAACUACGGUGUGGAGUGGCACUGGGCCAGGAACAGCGAGGGCCAGAGUCUGGCCAUAGGAGUGGGCCCAGAGGGAGUGUCCGUCUGCAAGGAGGACUUCACACUCAUCAACAGGAUUGUUUAUCCAGUCUUCCAGAUGGCCACACACUCGGGCAAGAGCGUAAACCUGACGGUCACCAAGGAUACCGGCGAGAGUGUUGUCCUUGAGUUCAAGCUUGUCAGCUCCCGAGCAGCCAAGGGCCUGUAUAGAGCCAUCACAGAGAUCCACGCCUUCUACAGAUGUGACACGGUCACCAGCGCCGUGAUGAUGCAAUACAGCCGAGACUUCAAAGGCCACCUGGCCUCUCUCUUCCUGAACGAGAACAUCGACCUGGGCAAGCGCUACGUCUUCGACAUCCAGCGCACCUCCAAAGAGGUGUACGACCGCACGCGCCGGGCCCUCUUCAGCGCCGGGGGGACAACGACGACAGACGCCUCGGCAGGCGGCCAGCGGUGUCGCUCCAUGCUGCGCUCCCUCGGGGAGGACGGGGAGGAGGACGAGGAGGCGGACGAGGAGGAGGGCGCGUGUGAGGGCUGCCAGGAGACGCGGCUGGUGCGGGAGCGGCUCCAGAGGCUGCAGGAGGCCCUGCUGUGCGCCCUGUGCUGCGAGGAGGAGAUCAACGCCGCCUUCUGCCCCUGCGGACACACCGUCUGCUGUCAGGGCUGCGCCACCCAGCUCCAGUGUUGCCCAGUGUGUCGUUCAGAAGUGGACCACAUCCAGCAGGUCUACCUUCCCACAUGUGCCAGCCUGCUGAACCUGGCACUGCCAAGCAAGCACACCUCCUAUACUAUACACAGGGCACUGCCCUCACACAGAGACGCUGCAAUGGACUACACGGACAGUGAAAAGAUCUGUUAAUCACAGGUGGAAAGGGAGGUGCUGGUUACCGCCCCUCACACACACACACAUAGACACACACACACACACACACACACACACACACACACACACACUGUAUAUACUGGUAUAUACACACACACAAGACAAAGUGAAGAUCCGCACACUGUAGAGCUCCCAUGUAAGUAUUUUUUUUUUUUUUUUGGUAACGUUUCAAGCCCUUACGGCCCUUCCUCAGACUUCCCACACACACAUAUACUUACACACACACACACACACUACCCUCUACCCACAGUUGUUUUUCCAUACAGACACAGCCAUCAGAGAUUCCGUUUAAUUUCGACGACCAUUUUCUUGUCAUGGACCUGCCGUCAGUAGAUCUGAUGGACUCCAGUUCCACAGUUACUUGAUGCCAUGUUUUGUUUUGUGAAAGUAUGUAUGAAAGGGAACAGUCUUGAAAAAGGGAAAGUCUCAGGAGGACUCCAUGAACACUCUGAGUCAGAGAGAUCCUUUCUGGGAGUAUGCACAAGCUUUUGGUUGUUUUUGAAAGCUGAAUGUGCUUUAUUUUUGGACAGGUCCAACACACACCAUAUAAUGGACUAAUCUUGUAGCAUUUCCUUCUUCUGAUCUUAUACUUUACAUAUACAUGGUUUCUUGAAUUACCAUAAAAAUGCAAUGAUGUCUCAGAAAUGUAUUAUGACUGGAUUAUGACUGGAUGCUGAUAAAGCAUACAUUUGACUGUAUGUCAGUAUUCUUUUGUAAUGUUUUCACUUGGCUUUGGAAUAUUUCAUAUCACCCAGGUUAUUAAACCAUUAUGUUUGGUAA